GCGGCCUCUCUUCCUUCGAGUACCCGCCCCUCUGAGCGCGCUUCCGGGUGGGGCCCGGGGCCGAGGCGAUGGCGCCUUGGGCGCUGCUCAGCCCUGGGGUCCUGGUAAGGACUGGCCACACCGUACUGACCUGGGGGAUCACGCUGGUGCUCUUCCUGCACGAUACCGAGCUGCGCCAAUGGGAGGAGCAGGGCGAGCUGCUGCUGCCGCUCACCUUCCUUUUCCUGGUGCUGGGCUCCCUCCUGCUCUACCUGGCUGUGUCGCUCAUGGACCCGGGCUAUGUGAACACUCAGCCCCAGCCCCAGGAGGAGGCCAAAGAGGAGCAGACAGCUAUGGUCCCUCCGGCCAUCGCCCUCCGGCGCUGCAGAUUCUGCCUGGUGCUGCAGCCGCUGAGAGCCCGGCACUGUCGUGACUGCCGCCGCUGCGUCCGCCGCUAUGACCACCACUGCCCCUGGAUGGAGAACUGCGUGGGUGAACGCAACCACCCGCUCUUCGUGGCCUACCUGGCGUUGCAGCUGGCCGUGCUGCUGUGGGGCCUGCACCUGGCGUGGUCUGGCCUCCACUUCUUCCAGCCCUGGGGGGUGUGGCUGCGAUCCAGUGGACUCCUGUUCGCCACCUUCCUGCUGCUGUUUCUCUUCUCCCUGGUAGUCGGACUGCUCCUGGCCUCGCACCUCUACCUGGUGGCCAGCAACACCACCACCUGGGAGUUCAUCUCCUCACACCGCAUCGCCUACCUCCGCCAGCGCCCCGGCAACCCCUUCGACCAUGGCCUAACCCGCAACCUGGCCCACUUCUUCUGUGGGUGGCCCUUGAGGUCCUGGGAUAUCUUGCGGGCUGAGGAGGUGGAGGAGGGGGGCAGCAGCCAGGACAUUUAGUGUCCCCAGAGGCCACCUGCCACCUGGGCCAGGCCUGGGAGGGCCAAGAAUCCUUGCCACCUCCUGAGCACAGGUCUGCCUUCCGGAGGAAGAGGACAGAGGUGGUUCUGAGCAGCUGGACCCCAGGUCACCAGAUCCUGAGGCUGGGCCUCCUCUGGUGCAGUUUUACACAUUUAAUAAUCCACAAAGCCAGUCAAGUAUUAAAAAGACAAACAAA